CAAAACGAAAGUCUCCUGUUUCCUGCCUCUAGUUGGGUCCUGUACAGCAGCCCGUGCGAGGCUGUCCUGGAGACCCCGCGCUGCCUGCACCUCUAUCGUCUCGGUUGUCAUGGAUGAUGAAGAUGGCAGGUGCCUUCUAGAUGUAAUCUGUGACCCAGAAGCUCUCAAUGACUUUCUUCAUGGAUCUGAGACCCAUGGCCAUGUUCCAGAGGUCCAGCCUGCAGUCCAGCUGUCGGCCAAUGAGCCGGCAGGCCUACCCAGAGUCAGUGUUGACCUGGACUUCCUGGAGGAUGAUGACAUCUUGGGAGGAUCCCCAGGUGGGGAUGGUGGGAGCAAUGGCAUUGGGACAAAUCACGAGCCAUGUGACAUCCUGCAGCAGAGCUUGGCUGAAGCCAACAUCACAGAGCAAAGCUUACAAGAGGCAGAGGCUGAGUUGGACCUGGGCUCCUUUGGAAUUCCAGGCCUUACACAGGUGGUACAGACACUACCUGAUGCCAGCCUCUCUGGGGCGGGAGGCACUACUGUUGGUGUAGGCAUAGGUGUUGGGGGAGCAGCAGCAAUUUUCCCUGGGUCAGUCCCGAGCACCACUGCUACUCCUCCCAAUGCCACAGCUGACAUGCUGGGGUCAGUGCUUGCUCAGCAGGGCCUUCAACUCCAAUCCCAGGUCAUGAACAAGGCCAUUAGCGUUCAGCCUUUUAUGCAGCCUGUUGGCCUGGGAAACGUGACGCUACAACCCAUUUCAAGUCUCCAAGCUCUUCCUAAUGGGAGUCAGUCUGGACAUUUGGGUAUCGGACAGAUUCAGGUUGUGGGUCAGCCUACAGUCAUGACUAUCAAUCAGUCUGGGCAGCCAAUCCUGGCUAAAGCCAUGGGAGGUUACCAGCUGCACCAGUCUGGGCCAGAGGUAUCAGGUGCUGGUUCUCAGGGGCUUGGAGGCUCCGGUGGUGGACUUCUGAUCCAAGGCAACAAAGCUACUUUGGGAUCUCCAGCUUUAAAUGGACCGGCUGUUUGUGUCAGCAGCACAAACAGCAGCAGUGGAGUUACGAUGACUGCUCCUGCUGGGCUUCUGGGCUUCGGCAGCACCACUCUAAGUUCAGGAAUUGGACCCCAGACGCAAAAUCAAGGCCAAAUCAUGCAGAACGUGAUCAUCCAGCGCACACCAACACCCAUUCAGCCUAAACCCCCUCAGGGGGGAAACAUCCAACCGAAACUGUUCAAACAGCAGCAGCAGCCACAGCCAGCCCCCCAACCCCUGCAAAACGAUGCUCACAAGGCUCUAGGACUGCAGCAAAUUCCAGUUUCUGCUGCUCAGAAUGUAGCCUUCCUGACAGGGAAGCAUGGCUCUAACGUUGUCCUGAGUACUCAAGCCACAACACAAGGCCCUCAGUUUCAACAAACCCUAUUCAAGCAACAAUCAGCACAACAAUCUGGCAAGCCCCUCAGCGUACACCUGUUAAACCAACAAGGCAGCAUCGUUAUUCCCUCUCAGACAGUUCUGCAAGGGCAGAACCACCAGUUUCUCCUACCACAACUACAAGCAGGUGGGCAGAUCCUAACCCAGCACCCUGGGGGGCACAUCAUAACUAGUCAGGGUCCUGGUGGACAGCUCAUUGCAAACCAGAUUUUAAGUGCAAACCACAACAUAAACUUGGGUCAGAUGUUGACUUCACAGGGCCAUCCUGGGGCUGCCCACAUCCUCUCUGGACCCAUUCAGCUCCAGCCUGGCCAGAUGGGCACACCCACCCUAUUUCAGAUGCCGGUCUCAUUGGCUCAGAGUCAAGGCCAGACGCAGACCCAUACUGUCUCAGGUCAUGCCCAGACAGUCAUACAGGGCAUGCCAAUCCAGAACUCCCUGACCAUGCUCAGUCAGGUGGAGGGGCUGAGCCCCGCAGUUAGCCUUCAGCCAGCCCUGCAACCUCAGCCAGGUGGAGUCCCCAUCAGUGCAGGAGCAGCAACCAUGGCUCAAGGCCAGCCUGGAGAGUGUGUUACUGUGCUAGGUAGCUCCACAGACCAGGCUGCUCAUCCCACUCAGCAGCACGCACCACAAUCCUCUAUCCUCUCCAUGCAACCGGUUUCCUCUGUGUCCAUGGCUACCACAAUACCCUCCUCUUCUCCGUCCAUGUCUGUGUCCACCUCUUCCCCUGUCACAGCGGUGGGGCUGGUCCCUCAUCAGGCUCAGCACAGUCCAGGGAGGUUACUGUUCACCAACCAGGGCUCCAGUAUGAUCCUGAGCCAGGAGUCUCUGCAGAUGUUCCUGCAACAGGAGCAGCACCACCAAACAGAAAAUGAGUCUACCCCCUCUGUGGGUGUACCAGCGUCCGUAAUCGUCAGCAGCAACAGCGUCACUGCUCCGGCCCCCGCUGUCCAUGACAGCCAAUUAACUGACUCAUGGGUGGGUCAGAGCCACAGCCCUUCCCCCGGCCCCGCCCACAUGGCAGCAGUGGUAAAGCAGGUACCCUCCAGUGGACAUCAGCAAUCCCUUAAGAUCCAGGGCAUGUCCCCCUCACCGGUCUUGACCACUCACGUCACAGCGCCCCCAGUGGCAGACAGCCCGCAGCCUUCCCAGUCUCCUCUCACUCUGAGCCAGCAGAUCCAGUCACCACACCAUCAACAGCAGUCGCGUCCUCCCUCUCAGCCUCCACCACAGUCUCUCACACCCUCCCGCUCAUGCACACCCUCGUCUCACCCUCAGCUCUAUAUUGUCCAUAACCAAAUGGCAGAGUCCCCCCAACCAGCUCCACAAGGCCAGCUGCAGCAGACACAGCCCCAACAGACACACAUUCAAGUUCAGCUUCAGCCUCAGCCACGACCGGCCUCUCAGCCUUCCCCUUAUCAACAAGAUAUGCCUCCUUUGUCACAGUCACCUCCUCCUGCACAGCACCAGUUUACGGCUCUUCCUGUCAGCACGUCUGCCACUGUUGUAGUUAAAGCCCAGGUUCCCAUCCAGGGCCUGACAGCAGAGCAGCAGCACCACCUGCAAUUAAUAGGAGCGCAAAUUCAGACCCUGUCAGGCAUCACGCAGCCCUCACCUCAGCAGAAACAUCUGCUGGACAAGCUUCACCAGGUGCAGCAGAACAUCCUGCUGCAGGCCAAGCAGUCUGCUCAGUCUCAGCCUCAAGCCACCACUCAGUUCAGCUCCCAGCAAGAUGUGCCUGUUGAUAAACUGGUGAUUGCAUCAUCAGGCGGCACUGGUACACCUGCUCAGCUUCUGUCAGUGCUGCAGCCGACGUCGGUGCUCGUCAAAACUCCUGCUACAGCAUCAAGUGACUUACAGGUAUUCUCAGGAGCCCAAGGGCCAGCUGGAGCAAUGGUGAAUCAGAUCACUAUCACUCCUGCCAGCCUUACCCAGCCUGUACAGGUUCAGCCAAAGCCAGGGGUGAUCAGCUCAGUUGGAGGGAUUACUCUUGGGCAAGGUGGGAUUCAGAUACAGGUGUUAGGAACUAGUCUGACUCAAAUGCCUGCUCCACAGCCCCCAGCUCCAGUACAAACUCAGACAACAACAAUGAAGAUGCCUUUCAGUGCAGAGCCCAGCAAAGAAGCCAGGAUGCUAGAACAGCUGAGGAAACAGCAGGGUUCAGUGCUUCACCCAAACUACAGUGCCCCUUUCCACUCUUUUGAGGACACUCUGCACAGCCUGCUGCCUUACCAUCUCUACCAGGGAACUGCCAACUCUUCUGAAGACUAUCAAAAAGUUGAUGAUGAAUUUGAGACGGUCUCCUGCCAUCUGUUGAAAAGGACCCAGGCCAUGCUGGAUAAGUAUCGCCACCUGCUCUUUGCAGAGUCAAAACAGAGACUGGGCCCCUCGGCAGAGAUGGUGAUGAUUGACCGGAUGUUCAUUCAGGAGGAGAAGAUUGCGUUGAGUCAGGACAGGAUUUUGGCCAAGGAGAGACCAGAGGAGUUUGUGGCCAACGCGCGCAUGUUGGAGAGUGCACUUUCAUCCCAACAGAAAUCAUCUUCUGCUCAGCCCACAUCAGUGAGUGGAGGUGUAGCUGCUGCUGUUCCUGCCCCAGCACCUGCAGCUCCUGCCCCAGCCCUUCUCCCAAACAUUGCCCCAAACCCUGCUCCUGGCUCCGUCCCAGCUCCAGCCCCGGUUCCUGCUUCAGCUCCAGUUUCUGCUCCAACUCCGGCACCACCUCCCGCUCCCUCCGCAUCUCCUUUCCCCCCUACCAAACUUGUAAUAAAGCAGGGUGGAGGUGGAGCCUCUGUUUCCUGGUCCAGCAGCUGUUCCACACCUGCAGCAGGCAGGCUGGCCCAAUCCACCGGCCAGAGCUCCUCUUUUGGUCGUGCCCAAACAGCAUCGUCCUCUUUCUCCUCUUCGUCCUCUAACUCCCAAGCGGCCGAUGAUGACGACGCUCUCCCACAGAGAACCAGCAAACCGCCUAUGAAGACCUACGAGGCUCGUAGGAGAAUUGGAUUGAAGCUGAAGAUCAAGCAGGAUCAAACGGGGUUCAGUAAGGUGGUCCACAACACUGCCUUAGACCCUGUGCACACACCUCAACCUCAGCAGAGCAGCCAGUCCAUAUCCCAGCCUCAGACUCAGCCCCAGUUCGAAGCUGCUGUACCGCACACAAAGUCCCUACCUUUAUCAACUCCUCCUACUACAGUCAUCAAAACUCAGUCCCCCGUAUGCACUGCUUCUACUGCCUCAUCGGUCACUACAGCAACCACUCAAUGUGACCCCCCACUGAAAGGUAAUGUUCCCCCUAAUGCAGCCCCAUCUUCCUCUACGUCUUCUUCUCAUACUUGGUCGUUGUCCACUUCCUCCACCUCAUCCUCCUCCUCCACUCAAAUGAACGGGACAUUAGACCACCAGGGUCGGGUCAAACACAAUUCUGCCACAACUGCCACUCCCUCACAGACAACAUGCCGUCUCCCCCUUCGAAAAACCUACCGGGAAAACAUUAGUCCCCGGGUCAGACCUGGUGUCCCAGGGGGAGGAGACGAAAGUUUGUCCUACCCCAGACCCACGCCGUCACCCCCGAGGCACGAGGCCUCAUCUCCUCCCUCAGAGCGGACAGUUAUAGCCAGUGUGAAGGUGGAGAAAAGAGGCAGGGAGGCCUCACACACUCACACAGAGUCGAGCCACGAAACGGGCCGUUUAGGGAGUGCAAUGCAGGGGCUGGACGUAAUGGACGAGGUGUUUAACCGUGGUAUCAAAACCACACAACACCAUCAUCUCCCGCAGGUCCUAGACAGGGAGGCAGCAAAGGAGAGAGGGGAGGAGCACACAAACCUAGAGACAGAUGUAAGUAAAUACAAGAGGGCGAGUGGGAAAAAUAGACAUAGGGCAGGUGGGACAUUCAGAAUGGACCCGCAUGCCCCUGGGCCUCCCUCUCCCGAGUCCUCCUUCACACGAGACUCUUUGCUCCCUGCCAAGCGCUGCAAGUCGGACUCCCCCGACAUGGACAACGCCAGCUUCUCCAGCGGUAGCCCUCCGGAUGACUCUCUGAACGAGCACCUGCAGUGUGCCAUCGACAGCAUCCUGAACCUGCAGCAAGAGCCCUCUGCCCGCAGUAAAGGGAGCAGCAGCAGGUCACACCAAAGCCAGCGCCCAGGGGGCUCGGCAGCCUCAUCCCACAGACCCUCAGUACCACCCUCCUCUUCUGCGUCAUCGUCCUCCUCCUUGGCCCAGCACCCUCAGGUCGGUGGCCGUGGCCACAAUGGCAGUCUGGUGCCCCAGACUCAAAGCAGAUAACAGGCCCUCAGCCCCAGGCCAGACUGACAUGGGGGAACUAAGAGACAGAUUUGGAGGCAGGGGAAACAGGGCACUGUGCAAACAGUAUCACUGUACUACUCUGCCAAGCUGUGUUGGCUCUGUUUGUCCAUUUGAAUUGUCCAGAAAUGUCUUUGUCAUUUACAGCCUGAGGUAGACCCGUGGGAGAAUAAGUGAGAGUGUGGUCAAAGUUAAAAAUGUUCUCUAUGAAUUGCAGACUUAAAGAUGCCUGGCAUUUUGUACGCGUUCUCUCAGCUCUCAAGCUCGAGUAACAAGAUGAAAUUGUCACAGGAUGAUUUUUCUCUUUUUCUUUCUUCCCUUUUACACUUCUGAUCUUUUCUUUUUCUCUUUCUCAUUGAGUUUUUAUACAUUCCUUUCAUGUGGCCUGAGCACCAGUCUCUCAUCCACAGCGGCUCCUCUCCUUGUUUAAAUACUGUCUCAAUGAGCAUCAGGCGGCUCACUGAGAGUUCAGAAGUCAACAACUCUUUUUACCUUUGCUACCUGCAGCUGAGAGACAGAAAAGAAUACAAGUAGGUUCAUACUGCAAAACGUAGUACAUACAGUAUCUUCCCUUACCAACCAAAGGUGAUUCUCUUAUCAGAAGGAUAAAGCUGCCCUACAGAUGCAGCCCAUGCUAAAUUGAUACAGUCCACCUCUUUAUCAAGAAUACAUUUUCUUAAACCCAAAGGCUCAGAUAGCUCAGAUCCUCACAAGGCAGCUACUCUUGGUCCAGAAAAAUCAAUUAGCUUCAACCUCCCUUAUGCCUGCAUUUCAUAUCGCAUGCAUUUUAAAGUGAAUGUUGAGAAAAUCAUUUUGAAGAAUUGUUUAAAAAGUAGUUUUCUUUUUUUUUACUUCUCUUGGGUACUGUAGUACUGUCAAGAUGUUUAUGAAAUUCAGUUCUUUUCUGGUUCUGAUGUCAGGUGAUUUUCUGGGUUCUUGUUUUUAGACCACACACACACACACACACACACACCUGCCUCCCUGUUGCUUAUAAUGCCAGGUUAGGACUUUAUGCAUUUCUGUCAGCAGGGGGCAGGCCAGUUUUUACUGUUGAUUUUCUGUUUUCUCAGCCAGUGUGUUUCAUCUUUCUGCCACUGUAUCCCUGCCUACAAUCUGUUUUGUCUUUUUUAAGCCGGGUGGACAAUUCAAACACAAACAGCACAAGCAUUGAAGUGGAAAAAAAGGAACAAUAAUAAUGUACAAAAAGACCGUAAGAGAAUUUGAAGUAUAGUAUUACAGAUUAAUUUUGUAUUGUAUUUAUUGUGUAUAAUGACACUUUUUAAAAAGAAAUGUACAUUUAGUAAAACUGUAAAUUAAACCUUGCUUCUUUUAUGAAA